AUGGCCGGCGCGGGCGCGAAGCGGCGCGCGGUGGCGGCCCCGGCGGCGGAGGAAGAGAAGCAGGCGCGGGAGAAGAUGCUGGAGGGGCGGCGCGCGGACGGAGAGGACUCUGGGGGCGAAGGCGUGACCCUGCAGCGCAACAUCACACUGCUCAACGGUGUGGCCAUCAUCGUGGGCACCAUCAUCGGCUCGGGCAUCUUCGUUACGCCCACAGGCGUGCUCAAGGAGGCGGGCUCGCCCGGAUUGGCGCUGGUGGUGUGGGCUGUGUGCGGUGUCUUCUCCAUCGUGGGCGCGCUCUGCUACGCCGAGCUGGGCACCACCAUCUCCAAGUCCGGCGGCGAUUACGCCUACAUGUUGGAGGUCUACGGCUCGCUGCCCGCCUUCCUCAAGCUCUGGAUUGAGCUGCUCAUCAUUCGACCCUCCUCGCAGUACAUCGUGGCGCUGGUCUUCGCCACGUACCUGCUCAAGCCGAUCUUCCCCACCUGUCCAGUGCCUGAGGAGGCAGCCAAGCUCGUGGCCUGCCUCUGCGUGCUGCUGCUCACGGCUGUGAACUGCUACAGCGUGAAGGCCGCCACCCGUGUGCAGGACGCCUUUGCUGCUGCCAAGCUGCUGGCCCUGGCUCUCAUCAUCCUGCUUGGCUUCAUCCAGAUGGGAAAGGGUGAUAUGUCCAACCUGCACCCUAAGUUAUCCUUUGAAGGCACCAAUUGGGAUGUGGGGAACAUCGUGCUGGCGUUGUACAGUGGCCUGUUUGCCUAUGGAGGAUGGAACUAUCUGAAUUUUGUCACAGAGGAGAUGAUCAACCCUUACAGAAACCUGCCCUUGGCCAUCAUCAUUUCCCUGCCCAUUGUCACGCUGGUGUAUGUGCUGACGAACCUGGCCUACUUCACUACCCUGUCAACCAACCAGAUGCUCGUGUCUGAAGCUGUGGCUGUGGACUUUGGGAACUAUCACCUAGGAGUCAUGUCCUGGAUCAUCCCCGUCUUCGUGGGCUUGUCCUGCUUCGGCUCUGUCAAUGGGUCUCUGUUCACAUCCUCAAGGCUGUUCUUCGUGGGAUCUCGGGAGGGCCACCUGCCUUCUGUCCUCUCCAUGAUCCACCCACAGCUCCUGACCCCUGUGCCGUCACUGGUGUUCACGUGUAUCAUGACCCUGAUGUACGCCUUCUCCAAUGACAUCUUCUCCAUCAUCAACUUCUUCAGCUUCUUCAACUGGCUGUGUGUGGCCCUGGCUAUCAUCGGCAUGAUGUGGCUUCGCUUCAGGAAGCCUGAGCUGGAGCGUCCCAUCAAAGUGUACCUGGCCCUCCCGGUGUUUUUCAUCUUGGCCUGCCUCUUCCUCAUUGCUGUGUCCUUCUGGAAGACACCCAAGGAGUGUGGCAUUGGCUUUGCCAUUAUCCUCAGUGGGCUGCCUGUCUACUUCUUUGGUGUCUGGUGGCAGAAUAAGCCCAAGUGGCUCCUGCAAGCCAUCUUCUCUGGGACGGUGCUCUGCCAGAAGCUUAUGCAGGUGGUUCCUCAGGAGACUUAGCUGUGAGUCUCGGGUGCCACAGGGAGCGUGUCCACGGUGACUGCGUCUGGACAGCUCACCUCCGGAAGAGCAGCGUCCAGGCCUGUCAUUCCCCACAGUUCCAGCGAGCUCCACCAACUCUCCAGCACCAUCCACUGUCCCUCCAAUGGUCGAGGGUCCACAGCGGCUGUGAAAGAAAACUGGUACGAAUUUGGUUCCAGAAGACGACC